AUGUUACCAAUAAAAAACAGAGUUAAAUAUAGGAAGGAACAGUUGGAAUUAAAACGACUAAAAACCAUUGAAAGAGAAUUUGAAAAAAAGCAGCAACUUGAUGAAAAAAAAGAAAUCUUGGAAGAAAUUAGAAGAAAGGUGCGACCGCAAGUCGAUGGUGACUUGAUGAGGUUGUGGAAGAAUACAAUUGCUUGGAGUAACAAGUUGGACAAGUUCCAGGAGAAAGAAAACAAACUGUUCAGCAGUGUCAAUACAUUUUCAUCUGAACAAUUAAGGCCCACAAAAUUUCAAGUCACAAUCGCUUGUUACCAUCAGAUAACUGCCGAUCCUCGCUUUCGAUUGGAAGAAAGGUUGAGGAACACUGGUUUGCUGAAUUCUGAGUAUGCUCGUUCAGUGCUCGCUAACACUAAUCCAAUCCGACAACCAAGAAGAGAUAUCGUUUCAAGCAAUAGGGGUAUUGACUCUGUUAGCAAUGGCCUCAAAUCUGUUAAGCGAACCCUUGAUGUCGUUAAAGACGUCAAGGAAAAAGAAAACAACAUUAUCAUUUUUAAUCUUGCCGAGACUGAUGGCAAGGAUAAGAACACUGUUUUGCCGGCAGUAAAUUAG